AUGUCGCGGUAUCAUUAUUCAAGACAUGCUCCGUCUAGUGCAAGAUCAGAAUCGUUAGGACCUCGACAAUCAUCGAAUGGCCAUUUGUCGAAAUCAGUUAAUUCGAUAGCGACGACGAGCAAUAAUCAUAUGCAUUCUCCUCCCAUGACUCCGAAAUCAUCUUACAUUCCGCUUGUUCGAAAUAGUCGAUCGACGACAACUGACAAGCGGGAUUUUGUUCAGAUACCAGUUAAACGAGAGGAUGGUACUACGAUAACACAUAAUGGAAUUCGUUCGAUACCAAUCAAUUUUAUUAAUGAAACGACACCUUUACCAUCACAUACGAUCAAUAGUAUUAACAGUAAUAAUCAUAUUCGAGAUACCGAUUCACCACCGCGUUAUGCUAGUCUACUUCGACCAAGUUCAAAAUACUUUCAACAUCAUCUGAACAAUAAUAACACAGCUACCGCGAAAGAUGAAAGCGAAGAGCCAAAUUCUCAACAAAUACCAAUAACAAUAAACGAUAAUCUACCUCGUCUACAGCCUACUUCGCGUCGUUUGAGUCUUACGGUACCAGUAAUGACACCAACGGCACCGACAUCACCACCUGACGACGAUCAAAGUAAACAAAAUUCUGUUAAUUCACCGGUUCGUUCAAUUCCCAUUCGUCUUUCACAACCAUUGAAUGUUGCUUCAAUACCAACGAAUAGCGCUCGCAUAUCCAGUGCUAUUCUCCGUUCAUCACCUCCGACGAAUCCACUCGUUAAUCAUCUACAACGUCAAAAGACUGAUCUAGUUAAUAGUACAAUCUCAUCCGAUUUUACCAGUAUGCCUGUGAAUACCUCUCCUAUUCGUCGAGCGGAACUCAUGGCUCGAGAAGCUAUCCAAGGUAUCACUCGAUUCCAACAGCAACAGCAACAAGCGCCACUGCCAACUCCACCCCAACCCUUGUUACAACAACGCAAGCAUUCAAUAUCAGAUGGAGCGAGUGAUACAUCUAUUCGUUCACCUUUACUAUCUCGUCGUGUAAUUGUGAAUUUGAAAAAUAAUCAAUCAGUAUCACUCGAUAGUCGAAUAUCAUCUGCUACGUCUUUGCCAACAAAACCAUCGAGUAUGGCAGCUACUUCUCGUUCAAAUCAACGAAACAAUCUCUACCAUAUCCCUGUUUUACAUGAAAUUCAAAUUCCUCCACAACCAGCCACAGUCGCGACGGAGAGUCUUCUGAACUUCCCACGUUCUUCUGCGUCCAAUCAUCGAAAUCCUAAUAAUUAUAAAAAUGAAUUUCGGAUGGAAAUUCCCGUUACUGUUGUCGCAAAUAAUGAUCAGGAGAAUUUCACUCAGAACACAAUCACUUCAACAGAUGGAAUUCUUGACUAUGAUCUUCCUAUACCCACCGUUCCUGUUCUACGUAUUCCAUCGGCCAGUUCCAAUCAAGCGCUAAAAUCAAUUUUAAAACGCUCUGCAUCUAGAGAAACUGUUCUGAGAAAAAAUGUUAGUUUUAUGAAUGCAUAA